UGUAAUUCUGUUCUUGAUAGGCUUAUGUUCAACAAUUAGAAACAAGCCGUUUGAAGCUCAUGCAAUUGGAGGAGGAGAUUGUUAAAGCUAAAAAGCAGAGUAUGUAUAUUGGAAACAAUCCAUUGGAUGCUAGUUAUAUGGGAUCUUCUGGAUCAUUAAACUCAGGGAUUGUUUUGUUUGAAAUUGAAUAUGGAAAUUGGAUUGAAGAGCAACACAAACUGAAUGAAGAACUCAGAAAUGCAUUCCAAACUCAAGCACCUGAUGAACAACUCAAUCAACUUGUUCAAACUCUGUUGAAUCAUUACUCAAAUCUUUUCAAGAUGAAAUCAGAUGCUGCAAAGGCUGAUAUAUUCUACCUAAUCAGUGGUGUCUGGAAAUCAUCCGCGGAGCGCCUUUUCCUUUGGAUCGGAGGAUCUCGCCCUUCGCAGCUUCUAAGUAUCAUUGUGCCACAGCUUGAACCUUUAACUGAACAACAAACUGCUAGCAUUAGCAGACUCCGGCUAUCGUCGCAACAAGCCGAAGAUGCUCUCUCACAAGGACUGGAUAAACUCCAGCAGAGUCUUGUCCACAACAUUGCAGUUGAUCCAUUGGUAGCAGGAAACUUUGGGUUUCAGAUGGCUGAUUCCAUUGAGAAAAUUGAGGGACUUGAAGGCUUCCUUAACCAGGCAGAUCAUCUUAGGCAACAGACACUGAUACACAUGUCAAGGAUCCUAACAACACAUCAAGCUGCUCAAGGAUUGCUGGCUUUGGGGCAAUACUUGCAAAGACUUCGUUCUCUUAGUUCUCUUUGGGCUUCUCGUCCAUCUCAACCUCUCUAGAUGCUUCUCAUUUCAUUGCAUAGCAAUGACUCAAGUUGUGCAAGUCCUUUCCAUAUCUUUUAAUCUAUCACUGUCUUUGGAUUAAUCAAAUAGUGACACUGAUAGAUGAAAGAGAACAAUAUCUAUGCGUAUUAUGUAGUGUGUACCAUGAUGCCUACUUAUCUAUUAUCUUGGUCUAGAGAGUUUGCUUGUACAUAUCAUCUUUAAUAC